AUGCCACCCCUCCCGCGCACUCUCGCCACCGUCUCCUGUCUUUUUGCGCAAUCGACAUCACGGAGUUGCGUGACCGGCGAAUCUGCUGUCAAGGCGUACGGGCGAUACCGGCUCGGUGCGGCUCCGGGUUCGACUUCGACUUGGACUGGGCGAUUGCGGCGCUGUUGUGAUGGCGGCAGGAGAGGGUUCCAUGCGUCGAGGGAGCUUGCGAGGAGCAGCUUCGAGGGGAAGAACCACUAUGAACGGCUGAAGGUAUCACCGGAUGCGUCUCCGGCCGAGAUUAAAAAAUCCUUCUACGCACUCUCCAAAGCCCACCACCCUGACGCAAACCGCUCCGAUCCCCACGCUGCCCACAACUUUUCUCUCAUCUCCGAGUCUUACACCGUUCUGUCCGAUGCCUCUCGCCGCGCCACCUACGACCGCGACGUAUUGCGCCUCCACGAGCACCACCACCAUGCUCACCACCACCACGGCUCAUAUCACAGCACCAAUCCCGCCGGCGGCCGCCCUCCCUCCGGUCUGAGUCGCCGCAGAGGAACCUUCCGCGGCCCCCCACCAAGCUUCUACCGCAGUGGCGGCUGGGGCGCCCACGCCGACAAACGCCACCAGGCACACGAGGAGUCGACGGGCGGCGCAGCUUCGGGCUCAGCAGCUUCUGGGACGGACCGCGCCAAUCCCUGGAACACCAGCGCCUUUCACCACACGCAUCAUUACGGCGGCAUGGGCCCCGGGUCUGACCCUCUGCAUUUCCGGGACCAGCACGUGCCGCAUUUCGACAAGGAGGGCCAUACGCGGACGCAUGAGCGGCAGGACCACCGGCGAUGGCAGCGCCAGAAGCGGGCCGUGGGGGACGACGGCAUUGAGUUUGAGCCGCAGACGAGCUUGGCUGGGCACUUUAUAAUCGUGGCGGCGAUCCUGGCGGCAACGUUUCUUGCGCCGGCGAUAUAUCUGCAGUUUAUGCGGCUGGGGAGGCAGAAGAAGGAGAAGGAAGCGUGA